AUGUCUUCUUCAACGAUAAGCCUUGAAAGUUAUCUAAUUCCAUUGGAAGAGAUCAACCGUGCCACCGAAAACUUCAACCAACAAAGAUGUAUUGGAGGCGGUGGAUUUGGUGCGGUCUACAAAGGUCAACUCUCUGAACGCUGGCAAAACCGUGCGGCUGCUAUCAAACGGUUAAGUCGAGAUAGCUUCCAAGGAGAACACGAGUUCCGAAACGAGUUAGAGUUGAUCUCAAAAUUUCACCAUGAAAACAUCAUAUCGUUCAUUGGAUAUUGUGAUGAAGACAAAGAGAUGAUUAUAGUUUACGAGUAUGCGAUGAAUGGAAGCCUUGAUCAUCAUCUCCAAGACCCGCAUAAGAUGAGUUGCAUAACAUGGACACAACGCCUGAUGAUUUGCAUAGGGGCAGCAAGAGGACUGAGUUACCUUCACUCGGGUCUUGGGGAGCAUAAUAGAGUAAUACACAGAGACGUCAAAAGUUCUAACAUAUUGUUAGAUAACAAUUUGGUUGCAAAAGUUUGUGAUUUUGGCUUGUCAAAAUUUGGUCCAAGAAAUCAGAGUGAUACCCAAGUUUAUACAAGGGUUGCGGGUACACAGUUUUACAUGGAUCCAACUUACCAUGAAAGUGGUAUCCUUAGAAAAGAAUCGGAUGUGUACUCUUUCGGUGUGGUAUUGUUUGAAAUCCUGAGUGGGAUGUUGGUCUAUCAUGAAAAGAGUUUUGGAGAUGAUUGCCAACAAAAUCUCAUAACUGCUGUUCGGAGAUACUAUAACAAGGGACCUCGUAAGGUAAUUGAUCCCAAUAUAAGAGAUCAAAUUGAUACUAGUGCUUUUGAGGCAUUCCAAGAAAUUGCAUAUCAGUGUAUUAGUUUCAAUUUGAUGGAACGCCCUACGAUGGACAAGGUCAUUGAGAGGAUUGAAAAAGCUCUAACUAUUCAAACCCACAAACCUUCCGCCUCGACCCCUGCAGUACGUUCAAUGAUAGAAAGUGUCGUCCAUAAACUAAAGUACUCCGCCAGUCCUGAUGACCAGCAGACUGCCGCUGGUGAAAUCCACCUCCUUGCAAAAGGACACAACGACAACCGUGUCGCCAUUGUCGAGGCUGGAGCAAUCCCUAUGCUCUCACACCUACUCGCAUCACCAGACACACUUACACAAGAACAUGCAUUGAACGCAAUUCUUAAUCUCUCGAUUCACGAUGAAAACAAAGGCAUAAUAGUGUCUUCUGGAGCUGUGCCCGGGAUCAUUUAUGUGUUGCAGGAAGGUAACAUGGAAGCACAGGAGAACGCAGCAGCCACCCUUUUCAGCCUCUCUUCAAUGGACAAAAACAGGGUAACCAUCGGUUCUGCAGGAGCUAUCCCACCACUUGUGUUGCUGUUGAGUGAAGGUACUCAGAGAGGGAAGAGAGACGCAAGCAUUGCGUUGUAUAAUUUAUGCAUACAUCAGGGUAAUAGAAUAAGGGCCCUGAAAGCGGGUGUAGCGCCCAUAUUGAUGAAGCUGCUUAAGGAACCAGAGGGUGUGUUGAAGGAUGAAUCGUUAGCCAUUCUAGUCGUUAUUUCAAGCCAACCGGAAGGAAAAUUGGCUAUAGGUAAAGAAGCGGCAGUGCCUAUAUUGGUUGAGAUAAUUGGGAAUGGAUCUUCUAGGAUGAAAGAGAAUGCUGUUGGAAUUUUAAUUGAAAUUUGUUUUAUAAAUCAAAAGUAUUUGGUCGAGGCUCAAGAACUUGGAGUUAAGGAGAAACUGAUGGAUUUGCUACAUCAUGGUACGGACAGAGGGAGGAGAAAAGCAGGACACUUACUGGAAAAGAUGAGUAGAUUAGCCGAGCAUCAGAAGCAAUUGGGGAGGGCGUGA